CGAAAGUGCAGAAGCAUGAAUGUCCUACCUGUGCCCUUUCAAUCCUGUGAAUAUGUAUUCCAGAUGUCUGUGACUUUGUGGGUGUUCAAAUGGAUGAACAGAACUUGUUCUGAUUCUCCAGGUACUUUGUGCUCAAGAACAAAAGAGCCCAGUGUCACCUCUGCCAAAACUGAAUCUGGAACGCAUUUUACACAUACGUCUUCGGAGGUCUGAGUUUUGGAGCACAGAGGGCACUACCUUAAUGUGACCAAGCAUUGUUACGUUAAUUUGAUUAAGAUUUGAAGUGACUGGUAUGAACCCUCUGUCUCCUUAUUUAAAUGUGGAUCCACGUUAUCUUGUGCAGGAUACAGAUGAGUUUAUUUUACCGACUGGAGCUAAUAAAACCCGGGGUAGAUUUGAACUGGCAUUCUUUACCAUUGGAGGAUGUUGCAUGACAGGGGCUGCAUUUGGAGCAAUGAACGGUCUACGGCUAGGAUUGAAGGAAACCCAGAAUAUGCCCUGGUCCAAACCAAGAAACGUACAGAUUUUGAACAUGGUGACUAGGCAAGGGGCACUUUGGGCUAAUACUCUAGGUUCUCUGGCUUUGCUCUAUAGUGCAUUUGGUGUCAUCAUUGAGAAAACACGAGGUGCAGAAGAUGACCUUAACACAGUAGCAGCUGGAACCAUGACAGGCAUGUUGUAUAAAUGUACAGGUGGUUUUCGAGGGGCAGCACGAGGUGGGCUAGCAGGACUGACGCUUACCAGCCUCUACGCACUAUAUAAUAACUGGGAGCACAUGAAAGGCUCCUUGCUCCAACAGUCACUCUGAAGAUUUGCCAAGUUGUGAAUGGAGGACACUUUAGUAGCAUUCCAGAUCAAUUUAUAGGUCAGUCUGGAGUUACUCUUUCUUCCUACAAUUAGUUUGAAAAAUUGGAGAUACCAGUUUGCUGUGGCGAAGAUCAUGGUUGGUUGACCGGGACUGGCACUCUUUCCAGCCCAAGCUGAAGCCAAAACCCUCUGGUGGCUGAGUAAUGUGGUUCUCCCUUUCCCUGGAACUGGAAAACUACUUACUCACAGAAUUCACAUCGUGAUGGUUGUCGAUAGUAUAUCACCGCAUUUGUUUAUUUAAUGAUCUGAAACUGUAAUGUUCCCUUGUAUUCCCAAUAAAAGGUGAAAACAGAACUAAAGUCCUAA